CAAAUUUCAAUGAAACUCUUAUUCAAUGUAUUUUUUCAGACGAUAUAAUAUAUAUCUAUGGAGGACUUGUAAUGUUGAAUAGAACUACUAUGAUUAAAUUGAAUACGUUAAAUUUAAUUUGGAUGGAAUCUGAUCUUGCUCAAUACAAUCAAAUAUUGAUUCUUUAUGGAUAUCCGGAUUCUUCAAUUAUGGCACUUGAUAUCUUGAAAUUUGAAUGGUCAAGUCCUACAAUCUCAAAUGAUGGUCCUAACACUACUUUAAGAAGUUUUACUUCGAUUCUAAUUGGAUCAUAUAUUUUUAUCGCUUUUGGUGCACCUG